GAAUAUGCAAAUUAAGAGCCUAACCCACGAUAAAAAUAGGCGUGCGUGUGUCAGCUGUGUUAUCUUGCGGCCUUGAACCGAACGUUGGUAUGAGAAAAACGUGUACAUGUACAUGCCAUGUACAUGUACAUGUACAUGUUGGACGACUGGCACCAUCUCGUUUAUUGCGGUAACGCAAAUCCAUGUUAUGUGUUUAUUCACGUACAUGAACACGUAAGUGGAUUCGUGGAACGUGGUAUAUUGUGGUUGUGUGUUAUCCUAUGGAGCUAUCCUAUCUCCAUUAUUAUGGUAUGAGUUUCCUUGUUCGCGAUAAUUCAACACCACGGCGUAUCUCGCGUAUAGCGUUCUCUCCAGCCAUGUUGUAUUGUAUGGUUUGGAGUUUGAUCUGAAUCAUAUAGUCCACUCUUAUGGUCCAACUCAUAUGAGUUUGCUGAUGAAGGAUUCUGAUGAGUAUCGUCUGCGUUGAUGAAGUCAGCACGCUUGAGAAAUGAUGACACCCAGACGUCUUUGUCAUGUGAUGACACUAAUUGUAGCAAGUCUAUGUUUAGUGGAAGCCAGCACGUGUUACAACUCGACUAUUCACGCCACGCCCGGUGCCCAUGACGUCACAGUCUUCAAGGGCGCGGAAACUAUCGAUUGUGAAGAUGGUUUCGGCUGCUCGAAAUUUGACCACGCCCAGUCCAGUGUUAAACCAAGUCAGGAUGAAGGUUGCCCUGUGUGCCUUGCUGUUCCUAGGUGUCCUUGGUACUACCUUGGCUCUAGAAUGCUACUCAUGUUCCUACACUAACCUCGUUAGCGAGACUGGCGACAAGAAUUGUGCCGACCCGUUCAAAGCAACUGGCAUCAGUAAGAGCACCUGCAGCGGAAAAUGCUAUAAAACCAUCACUAAGAACAACGGUGAGACGACAAGCGUCAACCGUGCCUGUUCGGCCCUGUGCGUUGCCGCCGACUGCACAUCUGUCCUCGGUAUCGAGGUCUGCGCAACAUGCUGCGAGGGUGACCUUUGCAACGGCGCAGGCCCAGUGACCUUCAGCCUGGUUGCCAUGGUUGCUAUGGUGGCCUCAGCUUGGGCAUUUUCCCAGUAGAGUGGCUUUUCGAGGCCACCAUAGGCAUCUCUGAACCGAUACUGAAAUCGUUAUUUUGCAAUAAUGUUGAGAGUGCCUUUUCCUAUUAAAAACACAAAUUCUAAAUGUUUUAAUCGGUUGAAUGUGUGCGUAAUGAAGUAGCUUGGCCGAGGGGUGCCUUUCGCGUACAGAUUAUUAGGGUCAAAACGUACACCUGGAGAACAUAUUGAUUUACAAUUCACUUGAGUUACGUACAAAGUGCUAAAGACCAUUCAGAAGGUGCCAGAGUAUUUCAGUGACUAUAGCGCCCUCUAUUCAAAUGUAGUUUUAAAGCGAGGCGAUAGAAUUGUAGGUCGAUAUGUUUUCUGACGAAUUUCUCCGGAAUCUUGUCCAUGACCUAUUUGGCAUCAGUUAGUCCAAAGAGCAUCCCAAAUGACGCUUUUUAACAGUUUUUUUAGUCUUGUUUGGUACAUGUACUUUUGUAUGGAAACUGCAUUUUUUGUUCUAGUAUAUAUGCCCCUAUAUAUGGCAGCAAUUUUUCGAAUUCCGUGGAGUCAGUAUUUUUGGCCUUUUUCGUGUGUUGUAUAAUAAAAUUGAUGAACAAGUGCCUUAAUUAAAACCGUGUGCUUUCAUUGCACCUGCAUUUGUGUGCAAGGGACUGUAAUUAAUGAAUCAAAUUACAAACUCAUUCUAUGUAAACCAGCAAUGUUUCAAAUGCACUCACGCACUCCCAACUCGGACUGACCAUUAACUGGCUAUUUCAAUGGAACUAUAUAGGGAAGAACUAUUCACGCUUAAGAGUGAAUUUAUCUAAUACCGAAUGGUUGAAUUUCCACUACACAAAAUUUUGUUUUCCGCAAUUUCCAUCAAUCCUAAAACCAGAAUGUUUUAUUUUCACUUUAAAUCGUCUGUUCUCGAUUCUUUUAGUUGUUGAUAAGGUGAAAUUUCCAUUCUUUCUUUGGAAAUAAGAGGGUACGUUGAAGAGACUUGCAAGCAUUUGCUCUAUCUGGUGUAAACAAGCAAAAUAAAUGUGUAAGAGCUAGUUUAAAAAGUAUUAACUGAAAUGACAUUGUUCAAUUCUUAAAUCCCCUCCACCUAAUAGUGACCCUGUCAUAUUCGUGUUUAAUUAAACAGGCAGAAAAAAUUGAGUCAAUUAAGUUAAAUAAACCUUGAGACACGGAUGA